AGGAAAGUUCUGUGGGCCAGUUCUACUCUGUCACAUGGGGUUACUAUGAGUUAGAAAUUGACUCCAUUGCACCUAAUGACAACAAACACUGUGUUGAUAUCUGCCAUUACUUCAUUUACUAUACAUAAACGUGUAUCGUUUGGGCUCCAGAGAUUUAUAGAUUACUAACACAGGCAACCCUUAUCUCUCUGAGCCCUGUGUUGAGGAAAGGGAAGCAGCUUGGUCUCCUAGGAGAGAUUUCUAGUGUAAUAUGAUGCCCAAGGUGACUAUCUCCAGGUAUGCACACACAUUUUUAAAACAUUCUGAUUCACUUUAACUCAGAUACUCAUGGUAAUGUCUCAACACAAAAUUAUUUGACUAUCCACAAAAAAAGUGUACAUACCCCAUCUCCAACAUACACACAUUUCUGCCCUAAAGCAUGGGUAGCUUGUACUCUGUGUCAGCAAGCUGAUUUAAAUAAUGUCCAUCAAAAACAAAGUAAAUUUGCUACAAUUAUAUUUUCAGAAUUUAUUCUAAAUCUGUUCUAAAUAAAGUAGUAUUUUCUAUGUUAUAAUUUUUCCUGCUUAUGUAAGGCUAAUUGAGAAUUGAUCGUGUUUUCAUCAACUAAACAUUUAGUUUUUAUGUAGGAUGGUUUGAGGAGUUAGAGUAAAGAAGGUAUAAUUUACCUGUGUACAUUGAAAAUCAGUUGAAAACACACAGUUGUAUACCUUUUUUCCUUACAACUUUAGACUUCCAUUGAAACAAACAUACACUCUCUACUCUGUAAGUAAAAAUAAUAUUAAAUGUCUAAUGUCAUCUGAUUGGCAGCAAUUCAAAAUCUGACCUUUGGAAUAGAUCCCUUAUCACUUUUAAGUGAGACAGACUUGAACUACAAAUAACUACAAAUAUUUUGAAAUUUUCUUUUUAACCUAUUAGGUAUGCAAAUAAUAAAAGUUACUGCUGGUUAAUACAAAUAGUACAAAUUAGUAAUUAUCAUUCUACAUCUGCUUUAGUUAGCCAUGGUACAUGAAGGAAAUUAUUUAUAUCAAGGCAAUGCUUCAGAAAAUCCCUCUGACAGUUACAUUGUUUAGUUGUGUGUGUGUUUGUGGUGUUUCAUUACAAAAAAUAAGAUCUUUUUGUGACCUAUUGAUUAUGCCAACCAAGAAGACAGCAGCACAGAACAGGUACCCUAAGUCAUGCUUUUCAAGUAUGAGGGCUUCUUUGAACAUCAAGUAAUAUUACAUGAUAGUAAGUUAUGCUUUUGGUAUCUAUUGAUGUGAAAAUUUGAUAAAACCACUGUGAAUUCAAUAAUACCUUGAAGUAGCUUUGUUCUUUAUCAAUCUAGACACCACCUGUGGACAUUGAAACAACAUGUUAAUUGAAUUUUCUGCUUACAAUAAGGAGUGUGUAUGUUUGUUCUUUUCUCUAUUUUUCAUUGCUGCUUGAAUGGGUAAAAGCUUUACUUCUGUGAACUAAAGUUCUUGGUCAUUGACAUACCAACUGAAUUCAAUUUCUACCUUAGACGCCGAUAUUUUAUUAGAUUAUGCUAUACUAGUUACACAUGAAAGUUGAAGGAUAAAGGAGUGAUGAAUCAUUUACUAAUAAAGAUGAUGAAUGAAAUGUAUUCCAUACUGUAUCCCCAAACUCCUCUUACCAUUCAUUUCAUUCAAGUAGCAGCUAAGUGCAGUGAAGGCAGUUGAAGGCAGAAUUACAGUAUGGCACAGUACAAACAGCUUUUAUUUUGUACUUGAUAUUUUAGUAGAUGACCUUUGAAAUUGCUUUCAGUCUUACUGUAUAGAUGAUGUUAAAGAGAUAUUUCAAAGAAAAGAUUAAAAAUAAACCCAGAUUCCAGACAGAGCAGGAGAAAAAUUGUAGAACAAAAAAUCAAAUUCACAAAAGAGACCAGACUUACUGGUCUGACAGAGACUGGAGGUAACCCUGAAACUGUGGCCCUAAGACACCCUUCUGAACUGGAACUGAAGCCAUUCCCAGAGACCACCUUUCAACCAAACCAUAGACCCAUAAAAUAAUAACACUCGAGAGGAACGUGUUCCUUAGAACAAUCUAAAGAUCAAAAAGGCAACUUUAGCCCAAAAGCAAAGAUGAGAAGGUGGGAAAGGGUAGAAAAUCAGGACGAAAGGAAACAGGGAACCCAUGACAGAAAUGGGGAGAGUGCUGACACAUUGUCAGAAAUGAAAUCAACGUCAUGGAACACUUUAUGUACAAACUAUUGAAUGGGAAACUAAUUUGCUGUGUAAACUUUCACCUAAUGCACACACACACAAAAAGAAACCAGAGUUUUUUCAUGCUUCUUGAAAGCAUUUAGUUUUUCCUUUUUUAUUGAUGAUGAUUUAUACAGAAUCAGGUUAUUGAUGAUAAUUGUAAUAUCCGAAUAUAUGCCUCAGCUUAUCUGAAGGAUAUAUGUACAUACAUUCAUCAUAAGACAGAGUUGAAAUUGUGUUUUGUCUUAAUUGCUAAAAUUCCAUAUCAAUGAGGGAGAGUGGGAAGGGGAUUUGAAAGUGUUCUAAAGUUAAUUAAACCUUAUGCAAUUUUAAUGAAAUUUAUACUGUAUUCACCUUCAGAAUUUGUAAACCCUACUUAGUUGAAAUUGGGGAUCAACCUCUCAAAGUGAUACAUUAUUAAUUUUACUGUCAGAAGGCUUCAAUAUUAUGAUCAUAAUAAUAAUACAAAACAUGAAGCAAAGAGCAGGAUAUUUGAAAAUGAGCCAUCUGGUACUGGCCCUUUCUUCUCUUCUCCCCAAGUGUAGCUUACCUUUAGACUAGUGGGUUCCUUCUCCAGCAGGGACCCCAUGAUCUCUAGAUUCUGGGUGGUUGGAGUUUUCAGUUGUAAACAGUUAUCAACACAAAAUUCAGAAUGCUUGAUGCCAAACAAUGUCUUUGCUCCUCCACUGAUAAGAGUACUCUUCUUGCAGUGUAAUAAGGGAGAAUAACAAGGAAACACUUCGAGAAAUUGGAAUAUGAACCAAAAUAGUCAAAGAAGGAGAAUUAUACUGAAUUAUGUUAAUAAGCAAACAAGUUUUUGUUUUUCUUUUUUUUUUAACAAAGCAGCUUUUUUCUAUAGUUAAGAAUAACCCUCUCAGAGGACCAGGUCUAUUUGUCCUGCAGUAUUAUAGACAGUGGCAACAGCAUGCGGGUCAUUAGAAGAUUCAAAGAUGGUUUGUCAUCUCAAGAACUUUUGGUAAAUGUAGGUGGGAAAACUUUCAGGUAUAAAAACAACUUGGUAAAAAGCAAACUUGAUUAGUUAUGGCCCUUCUUUUUUAGCUAAUGUAGUAAGACUUUAGGGUAGGAAUAUAUCCUGAUAUUUGAUUAGCAGAAUUUUGGCGUUCAUCAGAGGUUAUUCAGCAGGACAGGGUUCCAGUAUGAAAUGUGUCAAAUUAUUGGCUACAGAUCAGUUGAUUAUGCUGUGGUUCUUGUGGCAAGUUUCUUACAUACCCUGUUGUGGUUCAUCAGUAGCUUUUUAAGCAGUCUGUCCCAGGUAAGGGAGAAGUCUGUAUAAGUUAAGCAUCUAGAAAAAGCAGUAUCUGGGGUGUUCACUACUUUCAAAGAAGGUUUCAGAAUAUCUCCCAUUUAACAGAAUAGUUAGAAGGUCCUUGAGAAAUACUUGUGGAAGAAGUGACUCUUCAGUGCAUGGCACCAGAAGGAGGAGUAGACUGAAGGGAUUUUUGUUACACCAAGAGCAGACAAACAGUAUCUGCUCAAAAGAAUUAUAUAACCAAGACUGAAAAAGCACUAAAGAUUAAGUAAUGUUUAUGUAUCUGUAAAUUAACUUAAGGAAAGAAAAACUGGUUGAGAGUAUGUGCUUCUCUUACAGAGGGAAGAAUUCCAAGUGAGGUAAAUCUUAUAUUGGAUUUCAGUGAAAGGAAGAAAAAUAUCCUGGUACAUGUAGGUGGCAAAACUUAUAGUUGUAAAAACAAUUUGAUAAGCUAACUUCAUUGGUAGAGAAAGCAUGCAGGUGUAUAAAACAGACUUUUUAAAACUUAUGUUUUAAAUCAUGUCAUUGUGUUAAGUUUUGUAUUUGGGUCCCCCCCAAUUAAAUAUAUGAACAAGUUUCCGUGUGUUCCCCUCUUAACUAUCUCCUACAUUGUUUUACAAGGUAACUAGCUAGAGAACAUCGUAUUAGAUUGUCUCACUGAAGGAAGUAGCCGUAACAUCAUAAAUAAGAACACAAAGUAAUUAUAGUGGGACUGGAUAAUGCAGGGAAAACCACCAUUCUUUAUCAGUUCUUAAUGAAUGAAGUGGUUCAUACGUCUCCAACUAUAGGAAGUAAUGUUGAAGAAAUAGUUGUGAAGAACACUCAUUUCCUCAUGUGGGAUAUUGGUGGUCAAGAGUCACUUCGGUCAUCGUGGAACACAUAUUACUCAAACACAGAGUUCAUCAUUCUUGUUGUUGAUAGCAUUGACAGGGAACGACUAGCUAUUACGAAAGAAGAAUUAUACAGAAUGUUGGCUCAUGAGGAUUUACGGAAGGCUGCAGUCCUUAUCUUUGCAAAUAAACAGGAUAUGAAAGGGUGCAUGACAGCAGCUGAAAUCUCUAAAUACCUCACUCUUAGUUCUAUUAAGGAUCAUCCAUGGCACAUUCAGUCCUGCUGUGCUUUAACAGGGGAAGGGUUGUGUCAAGGUCUGGAGUGGAUGACCUCCCGGAUUGGUGUGAGAUAACUUUUUUGCUCGAAAGAGACUGUUCUAUUUAUUCUGUGAACAUGAACAUUUUUUCCUGGUACCAUUGGCUGCUAAGGCAGCAGCAUGUUUAAUUUAUAACAACACAAACCUCUAUGAGCAACACUUGAAUCAAGUGCAGCUGAACUGGAACAUAAAAGAUUUUUUGUUAUCUUUUUUUAAUGCACUAAUCUUCAGUUGGAUGAACAUAAUGUAUAACUGUUUUCAGCAACAAAAUUCUUCUGACUGCUUAUUCUUAUUAUUCAGUGACUGCCUUGUAAGAAAUGUUUGUCAUAUGUUUAAUGUUUUCUGAGGUAUUGUAAUAACCCUAAUGACCAAUUUCUUUCAUUUAUUGACCCUCCCUCCCCCAGAUAAUUACUGGUUUAACAAAGUAGUAGUGAAAAUCAUCAGGUGUUGCUUGCAAACUUCUCUAACUCUAAAUAUUUGGCCCCUCUAUAAACCACUUACCUUUUGGACAGAAUUUAGAGAGAAAAAAAAAAUGUGCUUAGAGAAUAUAUACAAGGAAGAUUAAGUAUCAUGGGAAUUUGCCUUUAAAUAAGUAACUUCCCCCACAUCAUUGCAAAUCAUAGAAUAAUUUUUAGUCAAUAUUAGCAUGGAAAUUAAAUAGGUUAUUUAUUUAUCUAAAAGAAUUAAGGUGGCUCUUCUGCCUGUGAAUUUGGAAAUGAGGAAAUAUGUGUUUUUAUUCACAUUUGUCAAAAAUUAAUCAAGGUAAAAUAUUUAUUUGAAAACCCAGCUUUGAUGGUAAGUUUUGUUGGUUAAAUCUCAUAUUUUUAGAAUUUCACAUUAUUCAACGCAUACAUAACUAUAGGAAAUUAUUAGAGCAUACCAGCACUAAAAUUAAAACAAGACACUUGAGGUAUAUUUUAUUAUCAAUUACAGACAAUUUUAUUAACAGUAAAAAGUUCAACUGUUCCAUUUGCAAGGGACAUCACAUCUUUAGGUACUGUUUUGGCCAAUAGCUAAAGCAGAAGUAUAAGUAGUUCAUAUUAUUUCUUAAAAUUCAAAAAUUUUAUGUGUCUGUAAUAGCAUUUCUACCACCAGCAGUAUAUUUCUUAAAAUACCAUGUGGCUUUCCUUGAAUCUAUUUGAGGUUUCAGUGUAAUAGGCUUGAAGCAAUUGCCAUUAUAAACAUGGCAAUCUUUCACUGGAUUAUAGACAACUGCUGAAUUUAAUCCUAGUUUUUAGAAUAUUACUAGAGAAUCAAACUUAGCACACUGACAGCUUAUAAAUUAAAUUUAAAAAGAAAAAAAGCCAUAAUCUAUAAAAAGUUUAUUGGAUAACAUUAAAAAGUUUUUGAGGCAGUUGUCUAAUAUGAACACAACCUAAACAUUGCAUACCUUAAAUGAAGAGGGAGGACAAGUAUUCUGAUUUCAGUUCUGUUUAUUUCAAGUAUGUGAUUUUGCUAUAAUGAAAAGGAUAAAAUGCACACUUAAAAAAUACUUCAUUUUUACAGUAUUUUUUAAAAAAUUUGGGUCAAAUAUAAGAUUCAGUGUUCAUAAGAAUAUCAGAAUACCUGUUCAAAAGCUGUAUUUUAAUUCUAAUAUUUUUUAUUUGUAAAUUGAUUUAAAUUUUGCCUUGUUUUCAGGUGUAUUGGGUUUAUUAUAUUUAAUUAAAUUAAAUGUGGUAACAUUUUUCUGAUUUCUCAUUAGUGGUAGCACAUCUCAAAACUGAAAAGUCAGAGUGAGGUUUCCUGGACUUUGGGAACUAGUUGUUUGACUUUGUUUUGAACCUUUUUCUUAGUGAUCCUAUAACAGAUAGAACAUAAGGUUUUUUUUGUUUUAAUCAACAAGAUGAGAGAAAAGCAGACAUAAAUCAGUAUGGCUGCUUUGUGGUUUGUGGAGGAGGCAGAGAAGGAAAAUUAUGAAAGUACCAUUUACCUACAGCACACUUUGCCUGCAUUUCUAUGUUGGAUGUAUAUAGGUUAGCCAUAAGUACUGAGGAUAAUUCUCAAAAGUCUGUUUUGAAAACAGCAUAUUCAGUACUCCUGUAUGCAUUCUUACUAUGAAAUGAUUAUUUGCCCUUUUUGUAUCUAAAUAUGAUUGGCUGGCUCAAUUUUCUUCUAUCAGAUUAUCUGCUUAUUUUUUAUAUUACCACAUCAGCAUUAUAUUGAAAGUGUUUUUGAUAGUUGAGUAUAUUUUGUCAAACAACUACUAGUAUAGACUCAAAUUUGCUAUUUAAUUUUUAAAAUACAAUUUAUUUUAUUUUCUAAAUUCUUUUUAAAACAUGUUUAUUUUGAAUUAGAAAUGAUUUAUGCUAGCUGUGUAUUGAAGAUGAACUUGGCAUCCAACUAGAUUUUGUGCCAACAAUUGGGAAAAGUUCAAUUAGGAAGUUUAUGUAAGACUUUUUAAAAGUAUUUUAUAAGUUUUCAUUAGAUAUUUUUUGUUACAGUAAUGUGAAAACCAUGAUCCUUUACUCCAAGAGAAUGUUUUAGCCCAACCAAGUAUCUAAUACUUUAUAAAGCAUUAAUUCUGUCAUUCACUUUAAAUCAAUUAAAGAUACUGUCUGAUAAAAAUGUAAAUUUGUAAUCCAUUAGUGCCUUUAUUCAUAUUUUGAGAUACGUUCCCGAUGGUGUACUAUACCUGUUCUUUGGAGGUCAGAUUGGCAAGCAGAUUUUUUUAGCAAUGAAAUAUAAUUUGCAUUUCACCCUCCCCUUCAACUCCAGGUAUUUUCUAGAAAAGUUUCUAAUAAGUAGUAGAAAGAAAGCAAGCACAUUACCCUUGGGAGAUUAUUCUACAUUUUGCUUUUAAUUUGAGGAUAAGGAAAUUGAAUUUUAACUGAAAUCUUUUCAAUAUAUUAUUAUAACUCAGUGUAAAACUUCUACUCUUGUAAGUUCAAAUAUGCUAUUUUUCUUAAUUCUGAACAUGUUACUUCAUAUUUAAACUCAUCAUUCUUAUUGAAGCCUUUUGAGAACUCUUUUAGUGAUUAACAGGCCCUUUUACAUGGGAAUAUAUUGCAUAUUUUGAAUCGUUAAUAUAAUUCCUUGAAAUCUGAAGUAUAUAUAAUCUCUUAAAGAUUAAAUGCACAAUUUUUACUUUUAGGUUCUUGUGUUAGUAUCUUAAAGGUAUAUGUAAUCACUUAUAUUCUGUAUUCAUUAGAGGAAAGAUAAUAAAUUCAAAUUCCAUUGCUAAAAAUAAUUUUUAAAUGGACACCACCUCUAUAGCCAUAGUCAUUUUGAUUAAGCAUAAUUUAACCCUCUAUAUUUAUAUUAUAAAGUGAAAAUAAUUAUUUUCCUAUGGAAAUAGUGAAUAAUAUAGGCAGUGUUGUAAAUUGUAAAUAAUAUCCUACCAAGAGUUAUGGGAGAUCCCCAAACAAAAAGAAGAAAGAAGACAAUAAAAGCUUUUUUUUUGGCCUUUCGACGUAUCUUAGGGAAAAUUAUAAACAGGAUUGUUUCUGACUAGCAUUCUCAUUUAAUCCUUAACUGUGUGAAACCGUAUCAGUAGAAAAAUGUGUUGGUAUUAUGCCUAGAUAGAUAUGUUUCAUUUUAUCUAUUACUUUGGAUCUAAAAAACUUCACAUCUAGUUCAAUUUUAAAGGAUACUUUACAUUUUUAGGAAUAAUGUUACUUCAAGAUACAUAGCAUGGUGUAUUAGAAAGAAUAUUAUGCUAUCUAAAGAAGUGGAUUUAAAUUUUAAUUCGGCCGUUAAUUGUCUUGCUGACUUUAAAUCAUUUAUUUACUGUCCAUGUACUUGCUUUUUGGUUUUUGGUUUUUUUUGUGGGUUUUUUGUUUUUCUCUGCUGAGGAACCUAAGCAAACUAGAGCUCUAACAUUUUUUGAUUUUAAAAUCCUGAAUUCUUACAUACUAUCAUUAAAAUUGGAAAACCCAGAAAAUAGUAGGGAAAGACAUAUAAUAUGAAAUUAAAUUCAUUUCUGUUAUUUGAUUUCUACAAUGGGCUCAAACAGCAAUGUGAGGAUGGUGCAGGAUCGGGCAGUGUUUCAUUCUGUUGUACAUAGGUUGCUGUGAGUUGGAACCAACUCCAUGGCACCUAACACCACCCAUUUAUCAUUUCAUUUAGUAUGUGAAUACAAUCAAUUAAAGUAUCAGUUAGUAACUGGCAUUUGACUUGAACUAGUAGCUAGUAACAAUGCAAAAGAAAACAAGCCAUAUGCUAAGAAAAUUAAGCUUCAUAUUAUGUACCAGUGUCUGUUGGUGGAAAUAGUCUCUUCUAGGGAUUUUACCUUGCUCAUUUUUUUGGCAUUUACUACUUGAAGUGGUUAGUUUGUUCCAUUUAUUGGCUUUAAGUACCACCCCAAACUAUAGUUCUGUUUGACUUUCUAGUAUUGUAAGUAUAGUGUAGUCAUGAUGUCAGUAUUUUACAAGUGUCUGUAUAUAUCUGAAAGUGGUUUAUAGUCAAGAUUAGUUUUUUUAGUAAUGUUUAAUCCUUAUCCAUUUAGUAUCAGUAUGGAGACUGAAAUCCAAAAGCUAAGUUCCAAAAGGAGUAUUUUCUUAAGCGUUCCAGGUAACCAAAGCUAAAUAGAAAGGCCAAUAUGAAAACUAUUUCAGCUACUCCAUUUUAAUUUUAAAGUCCAAAAAUACUUUGUUCAGCAGAUCUACAAACAGCUUUAAGUGUAUAUGGUUUGGUAACAUGUUUGGGAGAUGUUAAUUUGGAGGUUUAGAUACACACCCGGAAACAAAAGACAACAAUAGGGUAGAAUAAUCUUCAAAAGGUUGUUAGAUAAUAGAAAAUUUGAAUGAAAACCAUGAACUCCCCCAUUUAACGCACUUAAAAUUUCUAGAAAGUACAGUCUUCUGCUGUACAGCUGGAUGGCCUGUGUUUUUCAUUUGGCCGCAGGACAUGAAGACUGAUGAGGCUGUAAGAAUUUGAAAGUGUAGUCACAUAGAUGCAGGUUUUGCAUUUUUGUUUUAAUCAGAAAGCUACAGUUUCCCCUGGAGAUGAGGAAAUAACAUUUUUUUUUUUUUUUGCAUAUAUUUUGGAAUAGAAAUAAAAGUUC